AUGGCGGACCGAAAUUCGAAUUUUAACUCUGCUCUCGAAGGAAGUCUUUUGGAAUUGGAGCGGCUUGGAAUGUCGCGUGUUUUACGCACUGAACAAGUCAAAGCGAUUUCUACACUGACAUCAGGAGAAGAUUUGGUCGCAGUGCUGCCUACUGGAUUUGGAAAAAGCCUUAUUUUUCAGCUCCUCGUUCGAGUGGUUGAAUGUUUAACUGGGAAGGCCUCGUGCGUUUUGGUCGUUUGUCCUCUUAAAAGUAUUAUCCAGGACCAAUUGGCAGAAGCCACUUCGCUAGGUUUGAAAGCAGUCGCUCUUGGAAACUGCCGCUUGGAUGACAUCUCAAGCGGAAAAUACCAGAUUAUUUACGGUUCCGCCGAAGAGAUUCUUUCAAAGCCCUUCCUUUCUUGCCUAAAGAAGACCGAUUCACCCUUUCACCAGCAGCUUUGUGCUAUUGUGGUUGACGAAUGCCACACUGUGGAGACUUGGACCGGUCAAAGGUUUGUAUAUUUUGGCUUGUGUUCUGUCAAGCGACGUGUUUAAAUGCGUCUUCUUGUACCAAGGGUUAACUCACAUUGAAUUGGUCGACUUCCCUUCUCUCGUUUCAACUCAGGUCUUCAAAAAAGGGAAAAACAGAUGCCUUCCGAGCAUCAUUCGGAGAACUUGGGAUGCUACGUUCUUUUUGUAAAAAAAGUUAAGCAUAAGCUUUUUUAUAUCAGAAGUAUAUACGGUAACUUGUUGGCAUGGUACACUUAACUUGAUGUGCAUACUGGUUUUAUAGCUUGUGUCAGGAAAUGUAGUUUUUUUCAAUUGUGAUAACUCUCAUCCAAUUAAGUGAAACAUAAAAAUAACCGCAAAAAGCGAAGUAGAUUGAAACGGAUUGCGAUUUUGGUGAGCGUAACAGUUUGUGGAUUUUGUAACGUUUUCUUUUAUAAUUAUACCAGGCACGAUUUACGGACAGGUUUUCAGCGUAAGCUUUCUUCUAUAAUGCUUGGGAGAUUUUGUUUGACACAAAACCGUGGUUUUGACCUGUGCACGUUUUUUUUUGUCAAGUCUCAAAGCGAAUAAGAAUUCCUAACAGGCAUUACAAACUGAAUUCCCCCAGUCGUGUCUUCUACAUCUGAAGAGUCAAUAACCUCAAUAGCCCAAAUGUUCAGUUUAUUAGAUAGUUCAAAAUAUUAUAAAAUAUUAUUAUUGGGCACAACUUCUGGUGAGCAAUAUCUGAAAUAAUUGCCUCCCUCCAAUAAUCACCCCUUUUGGUGCAUAAAAAGAAAAACAAAAAUCACCAGUUAUUAUUCGAGGAAUUAUAUACGGUACAUGCUUUUUGGAAAGUAAACUCAGCACAGCCACAAAAUGUCUUGAUCAUAUGACUUUGAACCAUAUAAUUGACAACAAGCUUAUAUAUUGUAACUCCUCUCUUUUAAGGUACUCCUGUUGGUGCAUUAACGGGAACAGCAGACCCAACAACUCGCGAAACAAUAAAAAGAGCCUUGAAUCUGUCACAAACUGCGGAAGUUAUUUAUGUGAGUCCAAACCGGUUAAAUUUACGGUUUUCAGUCCAAAAAGUGAAAAAAGAGCAGCAUUUAAAAAAACUCGACUGGCUUGUUGACCUUGUCAAAAAGGAGGGGAUCAACACCCCAAAGACAAUUGUGUUCUGUAAUACAAUGAACGAAAUUGCCAUCGUUGUGAACUACCUUAUGUCUCAGCUGGGGAAGAAAGUAUUUUUUCCUAACUAUUCGUCUGUAAAGGACAACUGUUUAAUAGGUAUUUAUCACUCUAAUUCGUGGCAAAGUAGCAAAGACAGAGUGAUGGAACAGUUCAAGUCUGGUGGUGUAAAACGUGUGAUUAUUGCUACCACAGCACUCUGUAUGGGCGUCAACUUCCCAGACGUUCGUUUCAUCAUCAACUGGGGGCCAGCCCGGUCGAUUUUAGAUCAGCAUCAAGAGGCUGGGAGAGCUGGCAGAGAUGGGAAGACAGCACAUGUCAUUGUUAUUUAUCAUGGGCAACAAGUUGGACAUUGCGAACAACAGAUCAAAGAUUUUGUCCGUGCUAAAGGCUGUUUUCGUGUUGCUGCCUAUAAAUCAUUGGAUGACACGAUUCAACCUCUGGAACCUCCUCAUGACUGCUGUUCUUUUUGUUCGUCAAUUUGCAAGUGUGCUGGUUAA